UAGCUGUAUACAACAGAGAAAUGUCAUAUUAUCGUAUAUGACUUUUAAUUUUGAUUAAAUCAUGUCUGUAUAGCCACUUAUAUUUGACCUAAGUAUUAUUUGCAAUAGUAUCCUGUGAUAAUCUUUUCUCGUUUAUAUCAUUAAUAUUUUGUUAGUCUCAUAAUUUUCAAUGAUCAUCUAUUACAUUGAGUAUGGUAGAAUAUAAAAAAUAUGAAAUUGACAGCCGAAUUGAGUGUGAUGGACAUCAAGGUACAUUAAAGUACGUUGGUUCUGUUGGUAAAACUAAAGGUUUGUGGCUUGGUAUAGAUUGGGAUGAUCCAACACGUGGAAAACACAAUGGUACAUAUGAAGGAGUAAAAUAUUUUAAAGCUAGGCAUCCUACAUCAGGUUCAUUUAUACGACCAGGUAAAGCAAAAUUUGGGAUUUCUUGUCCUGAAGCUAUUAAAAUUCGUUAUGGCCUUAUCAAUGAUGAAUUAGCUGGCAUUGACAGAGACACCCUAACAAGCUUACAGAAAGAAAUUAAUGCACCUUUUUUGGAAGUUGUUGGUUUUUCCAAAGUAAAUAAGAAGCAAAGCAAAUUUGAUCAAUUAAAAAUUGUGUGGUUAAGAGAACAAUGUGUUAGUACUACUGGUAAUCCUGGAGAAUUAAAAGAAUUAUGUCCAAAUUUGGAAGAAUUAGAUUUAUCUAAAAAUUUAAUAAAUAGUUGGCAAAUUAUAGCAGAUAUCUGUUGUCAACUUGACUGUCUUGUUCGGCUUAAUCUGAGUGAAAAUUAUUUACCAACUGAAGAAAAUAUGGAAAUAUUAAAAGAUUCAUUUUUUAUGCUUAAAUAUUUAACUAUAGCAAGAAUGAACUAUAAUUGGUUUGAUAUUCAACGAUGUAUGAGUAUGUUUCCAUCUUUGCAAGAACUUUCAGUUUCUUUCAACAUUGUUAACAUCAUACACAAGCCAAUAAAAGAUGAAAAUUUAAUGAAAAUAUGUAAAUUAACUCUUGAAGGAAAUUUGAUAUCUAAUUGGAAUGAUAUUCUUAAAUUAGGAUCGCUUCCACGUUUAGAGUACCUUAAUUUAAAUUCCAAUAAGAUAGACAAAAUAAGGUUCCUAACUAUUGAACCAACAGCAAAAACCACAGCCUUUUCUAAUCUGCGGCAAUUACAUAUAUCGCAAAACAACAUAUCAGAGUGGCAAUCUGUAUCCGAAUUAGAAAAGCUAAAUAAUUUGGAAGAUUUGAAAUUUAGAGAAAAUCCUAUUUUGAAAAAUGAAAAUUUAGAAACUGCACGUCAGUUAAUCAUAGCGAGAAUUUCAAAAUUAAAAUCAUUAAAUGGCACUGAAAUCUUACAAGAUGAAAGACGUGGUGCUGAAUAUGAUUAUUUGAAAUUAUUUCUAUCGAAGUGGACCGAAACGGAAAAUGAUGUAGACAAGAGAAAUAGGUUCAUAAUUGAACACCCUCGAUAUCCAACAUUAGUUGCAAAAUGUGGAAUUUCUGAUAUUCCAUCACCUAAAGUGAAAGUGGAAAUGGUUUCUAACGUCAUAACGGUAGAGUUUGUAUGCCCAGAUCAUCCAAAUCAACCUAAAGGAAUUAAAAGAAAACUAUUAAAAGAUAUGGAAGUUCAAAAAGUUAUUGGACUUGCACAACGACUUUUUAGAACUGGAGGAAAAAUUCCAAGACUUUCAUUUAUACAACAAAAUCUUUCGAAAGAUGAAAUACUUCUUGAUAAACCGCUUCAGGAACUCCGAUACUAUUCAAUACAAGAUGGAGACCAAGUUAUUGUAAGAUGGUGAUAUUAAAUGAAUUUCAUAGAUGUAAUUGUAUUUUGUACACUGUUAAGAUUUCAUCACCAUACUUUGUUAUUAAACUUUUUUAAUUGCA